GGCGAUUGGCCGAAACAAGCUCCGCCUUCGAAAAGUAGCCCCCCUCCCACCUCCCCCACCGUUCUCUCUCUAAUCUCUUAUACGGCGCCCUUUUCUUUAUAGCCGGCCAUGACCGACCUUCGAAGUUGCAGAUUCGAUUCUUCAAGCUCCGCCGCGUAUGACGGACGACAGCAAAUGUGCAAUAAUUCAUCUGCCACUUGGCGUCGUGAUACUGUUGAAUCAGUAGUAAAAGAGGAGCGAUCAACUAAAUCUGAGGGCUCCGGAGGGGGUAGCGGACACGUUCUGGCUCCCGCUGGCAUGCACGGGCCUAGAAGUUGUCUCCUCUGGGCUUGUAAAGCGUGUAAAAGGCAAACUGUAACUGUGGAUAGGAGGAAAGCAGCAACAAUGCGGGAAAGAAGAAGAUUACGAAAAGUAAAUGAAGCCUUUGAAGUACUGAAAAGGAGAACUUGCCCAAAUCCGAACCAGCGUUUACCAAAAGUUGAAAUUUUGCGAAAUGCUAUCGAGUAUAUAGAAUCUCUGGAAGAUCUUUUACAGGGUGCAGGAGGUACUCGGAUAGAAGAUGGAUAUUCGACUGCCGUUCCGAAUGGAGGAGGAAAGCAAAUCUUCCAGAACACUACUUUUUCAAGCCAGCAUCAAGCUUACGAAGACGACCGGACGUCAACAGCGGCCAAUUCGAGUCUCGACUGUUUAAGUAUGAUAGUUGACAGUAUUCAUCCAAAUCCUCAAGUUAGUCAACCUGGAUUAUCAUGACGAAUGUCAUCGGCACGAUGUUACUAGGGUCGAGGCAGGUUAUCAUUGGUGCUUGUUUGCUUAAUCGGUUGCGAACAGACUGACGAUUAUUACUUACGGAAUAAGCUGAUUUGAUUAAUGGACAAAAUAAUUUUGACUUAACUUUUCUAUGUAAAAUUCUUUUCCGACGUAAUCGUUGAGCAUUGUAUCUUGUAAAUACUAAUACUUUCUACAAACGCAUCAUGAGGAUGCAUUAGGAAAAAAAUACGAAAUGAAAGGAAUAGUUUUUAUCCAUUUU